CGUUCAUCACCACCACCACCAGCACCACGUUGGCUUCGCGCACCCUCGCAGCAAUCGACCACCACUUUAAUUCCCGCAACCCACAAUUUACGAUUGAUUGCAUUCUGCCGCUCCUAAUGCCCAUUGUUUGAGAUUCUCCAUUGCAACUCUAACCACUGCCCAUCAUGGCCGGACAUCAACAGCCCGCCCUGUACGAUGAUGGCUAUGGCCGCCAGGGCCCGCCUCAGGGUCAAGGCCAGCCUCAGGGCCAGGGCCAGGACUCGUACUAUCACGACGACCAAUACGGGCAGUACCACGACGAUGCCCGCGGCGGUCAAGGCCAAUACGAGCAGCAUGGCGAUGCCUACUACGAUGAAUCAGCCUAUUAUGACGGCCAGCAAGGCGGUCACUAUCAACAAAACGGCCAAUAUGACGAUCGGGGUCAGCAGGGCUACCAAGACGAGUAUUACAACGAUCAGUACUAUGACCAAGGAGGUGCCCAAGAUGGGUAUGCCCAGCAGCCCCGCCGUCGUAAUCACGACUCCGAGGAAGAUUCCGAGACCUUCAGCGACUUCACAAUGCGGUCCGACAUGGCACGUGCCACCGAUAUGGACUAUUACGGCCGUGGCGAUGAAAGAUACAACAGCUACAACGAAGGCAACAACCGUGGAUACCGACCACCGUCAUCCCAGGUAUCCUAUGGAGGCAACCGUUCGUCUGGCGCAUCUACGCCCAUCUACGGCAUGGACUACGCAAAUGCUCUCCCAGCUGGCCAGCGUUCGCGCGAGCCCUACCCAGCCUGGACCUCCGAGGCCGAAAUUCCCUGCACAAAGGAGGAGAUUGAGGACAUCUUCCUCGACCUUACGGCCAAGUUCGGUUUCCAGCGUGACAGCAUGAGGAACAUGUAUGACCACUUCAUGACGCUCCUCGACUCCCGCGCGUCCCGCAUGUCGCCAAACCAGGCGUUGUUGUCAUUGCACGCCGACUACAUCGGUGGAGAGAACGCCAACUAUAGACGAUGGUACUUUGCCGCUCAUCUCGAUUUGGACGAUGCCGUCGGCUUUGCCAACAUGAACCUUGGCAAGGCUAGUCGCAGGACGCGCAAAGCCCGAAAGGCGGCGAAGAAGAAGGCCGGCGAGAAUCCUGAAAACGAGCAAGAGACGCUCGAUGCAUACGAGGGAGACAACAGUUUAGAAGCUGCUGAAUUCCGCUGGAAGACGCGCAUGAACCGCAUGUCCCAAAAUGACCGCGUACGCCAAGUUGCUCUGUACCUGCUAUGCUGGGGAGAGGCCAACCAGGUCCGAUUCAUGCCUGAACUUCUCUGCUUCAUCUUCAAGUGCGCCGACGAUUACCUGAACUCGCCUGCUGGUCAAGCCCAGACAGAGCCAAUUGAGGAGUUUACCUACCUGAACGAAGUCAUCACACCUCUUUACCAAUACUGCCGCGAUCAAGGAUACGAAAUCCAGGAUGGUAAAUACGUGCGACGAGAGCGAGAUCACGCCGCAAUUAUCGGUUAUGAUGACAUCAACCAGCUCUUCUGGUACCCAGAGGGCCUUGAGCGCAUUGUUUUUGAAGACAAGUCGCGAAUUGUCGAUCUACCUCCUGCUGAGAGGUACUUGAAACUGAAGGAUGUCCUUUGGAAGAAGGUAUUUUUCAAGACGUACUACGAGCGACGAUCCUGGUUUCACAUGCUUGUCAACUUCAACCGUAUCUGGAUUAUCCACGUUACUGCUUUCUGGUUCUACACGUCAUACAACUCGCAGCCCAUCUACACCAAAAACUACACUCAACAGCUCGACCCACGACCACCGAAGGCUGCCAUCUUGUCAGCAGUCGGAUUGGGUGGUACCAUCGCUUCGUUGAUUCAGAUUUUCGCAACUCUUGCCGAGUGGGCCUACGUUCCUCGCAAAUGGGCUGGUGCGCAACAUUUGACCAAGCGUCUUUUCUUCCUCCUCGGUGUCUUCGCUAUCAACAUCGCCCCUAGUGUCUACAUUUUCGGUCUUGACAAGACCACGGGCACGAUCGCGAACAUUCUCGGAGGUGUUCAAUUUGCCAUCGCCCUGCUUACGUUCAUCUUCUUCUCGGUCAUGCCGCUUGGUGGCCUCUUUGGAAGCUACUUGACUCGCAACUCGCGCAAGUAUGUUGCCAGUCAAACAUUCACAGCUAGCUACCCCCGUCUCAAGGGUAACGACAUGUGGAUGUCAUACGGUCUCUGGAUUUUGGUCUUCUCUGCCAAGUUGGCCGAGUCUUACUUCUUCCUGACGCUGUCGAUCAAGGAUCCAAUCCGCAUUCUUUCCCACAUGCAGAAGCCCCAGUGUCUGGGUGAUGCCAUCUUGAAAGACCUCAUCUGCAAGUACCAGCCUAGGAUUCUACUUGGUUUGAUGUACUUCAUGGAUUUGAUUCUGUUCUUCUUGGACUCCUAUCUGUUCUACAUCAUCGCCAACAUGCUGUUCUCGUUCGCUCGAUCAUUUUACCUCGGUAUCUCGAUCUGGACUCCUUGGAGGAACAUCUUCUCUCGCCUUCCAAAACGUAUCUACUCCAAGGUACUGGCCACCACCGACAUGGAGAUCAAGUAUAAGCCGAAAGUCCUCAUUUCCCAGAUUUGGAACGCUGUCGUCAUAUCCAUGUAUCGGGAACAUCUUCUCGCCAUCGAUCACGUCCAGAAGCUGCUAUACCACCAGGUUCCUUCGGAGCAGGAGGGCAAGCGCACACUGCGUGCCCCUACCUUCUUUGUGUCUCAGGAAGAUCAUUCUUUCAAGACCGAGUUCUUCCCUGCCCAGAGUGAGGCUGAGCGUCGGAUAUCUUUCUUCGCCCAAUCACUGUCCACUCCGAUUCCAGAGCCCCUACCAGUUGACAACAUGCCAACCUUCACUGUCCUUAUUCCCCAUUACGGCGAGAAGAUCCUUCUUUCUCUGCGAGAGAUUAUUCGUGAGGAUGAGCCAUACUCUCGUGUAACUCUACUUGAAUACCUUAAGCAGCUCCAUCCUCAUGAGUGGGACUGCUUCGUCAAGGACACUAAGAUUCUGGCCGAUGAGACGUCUCAAUUCAAUGGUGACGACGAAAAGGGUGAGAAGGAUACCGCUAAGAGCAAGAUCGACGAUCUUCCCUUCUACUGCAUUGGUUUCAAGUCUGCCGCCCCUGAAUACACUCUGCGAACCCGUAUCUGGGCGUCAUUGCGAUCUCAGACUCUCUACCGCACUAUCUCUGGCUUUAUGAACUACAGCCGUGCGAUCAAGCUUCUCUACCGUGUGGAGAAUCCCGAGGUCGUUCAGAUGUUUGGUGGCAACUCCGACAAGCUUGAGCGUGAAUUGGAGCGCAUGGCUAGACGCAAGUACAAGAUCUGUGUGUCUAUGCAACGUUACGCAAAGUUCACCAAGGAGGAACGCGAAAACACCGAGUUUUUGCUCCGCGCCUACCCUGACCUGCAAAUCGCCUAUCUGGACGAAGAGCCGCCGGUGGCCGAGGGCGAAGAGCCACGCAUCUACUCGGCCUUGAUCGACGGGCACUCUGAGAUUAUGGACAAUGGCAUGCGUCGACCCAAGUUCCGCAUUCAGCUUUCCGGCAACCCUAUCCUUGGUGACGGCAAAUCUGACAAUCAGAACCAUUCUAUCAUCUUCUACCGUGGCGAAUACAUUCAGCUCAUCGAUGCCAACCAGGACAAUUACCUUGAGGAAUGUCUCAAAAUCCGAAGCGUUUUGGCAGAGUUCGAGGAAAUGACCACGGAUAAUGUCUCGCCCUAUACUCCCGGUCUACCAAACGCAAACUUCAACCCUGUUGCUAUUCUCGGUGCUCGCGAGUAUAUUUUCUCAGAAAAUAUUGGUAUUCUCGGUGACAUCGCUGCCGGAAAGGAACAAACGUUCGGUACCAUGUUCGCUCGUACCCUAGCCCAGAUUGGUGGCAAGCUCCAUUAUGGUCAUCCUGAUUUCUUGAACGGUAUCUUCAUGAACACACGUGGUGGAGUUUCCAAGGCUCAAAAGGGCUUGCAUCUCAACGAGGAUAUUUACGCCGGUAUGAACGCUCUUCUCCGAGGUGGUCGUAUAAAGCAUUGUGAAUACUACCAGUGCGGUAAGGGUCGUGAUCUUGGUUUCGGCUCCGUCCUCAACUUCACCACCAAGAUCGGUACCGGUAUGGGUGAACAGAUGUUGUCCCGUGAGUACUACUACAUGGGAACGCAGCUGCCUCUCGAUCGAUUCUUGUCCUUCUACUACGCCCAUCCUGGCUUCCACAUCAACAACGUAUUCAUUAUGUUGUCCGUUCAGUGCUUCAUGUUCGUCAUUCUGAACCUUGGAGCCCUCCGCCAUGAGACCAUCAUCUGUAAAUUCAACAAGGAUCUUCCGAUCACCGACCCACAGUGGCCCAACGGCUGUGCCAAUUUGGUGCCUGUCUUCGAUUGGGUUUGGCGUUGUAUUGUCUCCAUCUUCAUCGUCUUCUUCAUCUCUUUCGUUCCACUCGUGGUACAAGAGUUGACGGAGCGUGGUUUCUGGCGCGCAGCGACCCGUAUGGCCAAGCACUUCUCUUCUGGAUCGCCUUUCUUCGAGGUCUUCGUCACUCAGAUCUACGCCAACUCUCUCCAGACUAAUUUGUCCUUUGGUGGAGCUCGAUACAUUGGUACUGGUCGUGGUUUCGCCACGGCCCGUAUUCCGUUUGGCAUCCUAUACUCGCGAUUUGCUGGUCCAUCCAUCUAUCUCGGCGCCCGUGCCUUGAUGAUGCUUCUGUUUGCCACUAUCACAAUGUGGGGACCUUGGUUGAUUUACUUCUGGGCGUCCCUGCUGUCUCUUUGCCUGGCCCCCUUCCUGUUUAACCCGCACCAGUUCUCUUGGGACGACUUCUUCAUCGACUACAGGGAGUACCUUCGCUGGCUGUCUCGUGGAAACACACGCUCCCACAGUGCCUCAUGGAUCGGUUACUGCCGCUUGUCGCGAACGCGCAUUACUGGCUACAAGCGCAAGAUUCUUGGAGACCCAACUGCCAAACUUUCUGGGGAUGUUCCUCGCGCUUCAAUCACCAACAUUUUCCUCAGUGAGAUCAUGGGACCCCUCGUCUUGGUCGCCAUCACUCUCGUUCCCUACCUCUUCAUCAACGCUCAGACUGGUGUGACCGAUCAGCGUAACAAAGACAAUGAAAAGGCCGACCUUGCCGACCCCCAACCCUCUGGCGCAUUAGUCCGUGUUGGCAUCAUCGCUUUCGGUCCUAUCGCUGUCAACGCGGGUGUUCUGGCUGGUCUAUUUGCCUUGGCUUGUUGUGCAGGUCCUCUACUUGGUAUGUGCUGCAAGAAGUUUGGUGCCGUUUUGGCUGCCAUUGCACACGCAAUUGCUGUCAUUAUGCUCCUCCUCUUCUUCGUGGUCAUGAUGGUCCUCGAGGCCUUCAGCUUCCCCAGAGCCUUGGCUGGCAUGGUCGCGGUUGUCGCCAUUCAACGAUUCUUCUUCAAGCUCAUCAUCUCGCUGGCCUUGACUCGUGAGUUCAAAGCCGACGGCGCCAACAUUGCCUGGUGGACUGGCAAGUGGUAUACCAUGGGCUGGCACACCAUUUCCCAGCCAGGUCGCGAAUUCCUUUGCAAGAUCACUGAGCUUGGCAUGUUCGCAGCCGACUUCAUCCUGGGCCAUGUUCUCCUGUUCUUCAUGCUUCCAGUCUUGUUGGUCCCUUAUGCCGACAAGUUCCACUCCGUCAUGUUGUUCUGGCUUCGUCCUAGUCGUCAAAUUCGUCCGCCAAUCUACUCGCUGAAGCAGACCAAGCUUCGUAAGCGCAGAGUUAUCCGCUACGCUAUCCUCUACUUUGUCCUCCUCGUCGUCUUCCUCCUGUUGAUCGUUGGUCCGAUUAUUGCCGGUUCCAAGCUGGAUCUAACCAGUAUGAAACUCCAAAACCUACCGAUGGAGAUCAUGCAACCUACUGGAUACAGCAACAACAACACGAAGUCUACUCCCACAGGAAAAUGUAUCCAGAACCCGUGCCCCAAGUUCGACGAUGGUACUGGUGACAGUGCCGAUAAUACGGCAGGAGGAAACACUGCCGCGGCGUCGGCGACGGACGCCUCUAAGCGUUUCCGCCGCUACAUGGCGUACUAAACGCAUACCUGACGAAAUUUGCUGCUUCGACACAUUGCAUUGUACAACAGGCGGAAGCAUGCAGCGGGACGACUUGGAUUGGUCUCGUAAUGAUUGUAAUAAUCGGCUUCCUCAUCUGACUCGUCUUCUCCGGCGUUGGGCGGUGCGAGUAGAU